GCGCUGCUACCCGAAGUAUUAUAACGCGUGAUGGUUAUGCAAUGUACUGCUGGUAGUGGCGACAGUAAAGUAAGGUAGCCCCAGAAGAGGUAUCUUUUAGCUAAAAUAUGUUACAUCUACAUACUUUUAUGUAGCUAAGUAAGCGUUACAAAAAAAGGUGGAACCAAACAAGAAAAGUACAUAAAAGGCAUCAUGGACCAGUCAUCAUACCGUUUGCUGCAGAUCCUGUCGUUAGCAUGUCUGGCCUGUAGGCUCACUUCUAGUUCUUUCACAAACUACGGAACAAUAAUCCCACAAUCUCCAACAGUGGAAAUUGGGAAGGAAUUCACCGCUACCUGUGUAGUCUAUGGAGCUGCUAAAGCCACAGCGGACGACAUCUACUGGACGAGUGGUGGCGUCACAGUGCCCAAAGAGCAAUACACCAAGAUAAACGACUCAGCUGUUAACGUAACCAUUCCUAUCACCAAGGAAACUGGAAAAUGGUUACUUUGUAAAAAGAAUGAAUCUCCCUCAUUCUUUAACGAAAGUACAACAAUCCAUGGGAUUCAAUUGACCAAAGGGUAUCCUCCUGAGAAGCCUGAGAAUUUGUCCUGCAUGGCUGUCCAGUCUGACCGACAGAUUUCCUCUAAUGUGACGUGCACAUGGCAGCCUGGGAAAAUGGACGAGACGAUAAGCACAACAUUCACCUUGUUUGGAAGUGUAAUUGCCAUAAACCAGAACUACAGCACAAAAGCUCAGAGAAGCAGUGGAUGCAUCUACUUCGGUACCUUUCCAAGCUAUAUGGAACUGGAUAUAUGGGUAGACGUGGAAAACAAUUUGGGGAAGGUUCGAUCGGACGUUCUGUUAAUAACUGAUCCUAAUGAAAUGGUGAAAACGAAUCCCCCAUCAGACGUCAAUAUUAUUUCAGAGAAUAACUUUUCCAGGACUCUCUUAGUGAGCUGGAAGCACCCUAUCCAUGAAACUGUUGUCAAACUGAAGUACAACAUCAGGUUUUGCACUGUGGGUGCUGGAGACUGGACUGAGGUACCCCCAAAUGACACUGAAAGUAGCAAGGAGUCUUUCCGUCUCCAAUACCUUAAGCCAGACAUGGAGCACGUAGUGCAGGUCCGCUGUAUGCAUCACACGGGCUACGGCUACUGGAGUGACUGGAGCACUAACACUACCGCCAGGACCCCAGAGGACAAACCUACAAGUAAACCAGACCUAUGGAGAGUGGUCAUUCCCAGUCAAGGCAAAAGUGAGCGGCGAGUGGAAGUGAUAUGUAAGGAUCCAGUGGAGUCCAAUGGAAGGAUACGAGGCUACAACAUCAAGAUCCAAGAUGGAGCCUGGGAGGCUGUGCCGGUCAAUGGCUCUGAGCUUAACUCCAGGUCGCAGGAGAGGAAAAUUAUCCCCCUUUACCAGAUUCCACUGUCUGACAAGAGAAGAGGCUCCAUUGAAUUGAAGGCCUGGAAUUCUGUUGGCGAGUCUCCCCGAGCUUCUUUGGGCAUUCCUAAAUUGGCCCACGAGCCCCCUCCAGUGGCAUCGCUCAGUUGUUUUACCCAGGACAGGAGGCUGUGGGUGGAGUGGCAGCCGCCCAAUGGGGAGACGACAGGGGUGACUGAGUAUGUCCUGGAGUGGGUUUCGGUCAGCGAUGGCGUGAUUGACUGGCAGAGAGAACCUAGACACAACAGGAAGGCACCCAUUAAAGGUAACCUUCAGAGAUUCAAGCUCUACAAUAUAUCUGUGUAUCCCAUGUACUCUGGGUGGACUGGGAAACCAUUAACCACUGCAUCCUUUCUGGAACAAGGAGCUCCACUGGAGGGUCCCUCUGUGAAAGUGAGGAGGACAGGGAAGAGCAACGCCGAGGUGGAAUGGACGGAGAUUCCACUGGACAAACAGCGAGGCUUCAUCACAAACUACACAAUAUUCUACAUCACGGGAGACAAGGAACACUCAAUAGUUGUCUCCCCGGACACCUACUCUUACACAGUGGAGGGCCUGGCCAGCAACAGUAAGCAGGUGGUGCGGAUCAUGGCCUCUACAGUACAAGGCUCUACAAAUGGAUCGGACCUGUCAUUCAAUACUCUGAUGUAUGCUCCCGGGCAGAUGGAAGCCACCGUGGUGGCUGUGUGCUUCGGCUUCCUGUUUGUCAUAGUGCUAACUGUGUCCCUCUGCAUGUACAAAAUUGACUUGAUAACAAAGAUCUGGCCACCGGUUCCAGAUCCGUCCAACAGCACUAUCGCUAACUGGUCGCCUGAUUUCCCCUCCAAAGCUGUCAGUCCCAAGGAGAGUGUGCUGGGCGACGUGAGUGUGGAGGAGGUGGACGUAUUCGACAGGAAGUCGCUGUGCGAAGAGGAUAAGGCGGGCCUGCCUCUCAAGAAGGACAAGUACCUGUCGGAGGAGCACAGCAGCGGAAUUGGCGGCUCCUCGUGCAUGUCGACACCACGCCAGAGUGUCUCGGACAGCGAGGAAGGAGGUGACUCGGGCCAGACCACGACCAGCACCGUCCAGUACUCGUCGGUGGUGGCAUCCAACGGCUACAAGGGCCAGUCCCCCUGCACUCUCCCCCAGUCCCCCUGCACUCUCCCCCAGUCCCCCUGCGCUCUGCUCCAGACCCCCCAGUGCGGCUCCUCACAGUCCCAGACGCCCAGUUUCGCCCGCUCCGAGUCCACCCAACCCCUGCUGGACAGCGAGGAGAGCCAGGAGGGUAGUGGGCAGUCCCACCAGCGGAACCCCUACUUCAGUCGUUCACCUGCGGCUAGCGAAAGCAGAGACCCGGGGGACAGGAACCAGCUGGAGAUGGAGGAGCAGGGGUUGGCUUCGCUCCGGUUCUGCCCUCUGGAGGAGGGGUCACAGCAGACCACGCCCACAGAUGAGGGACAGUCCCCUGACGGACAGCCAGGCCCCGGUCCUAGCUACAUGCCUCAGCUGAAGGGCCACAAGCAACAGUGUUAGGAGAGGAGAACAAAUGGUGACUUUAGUUCGAAGUCAUCUCACUUUAUUCAUUUAUCCCUCCUUUGUGCCUUGGUUCAUUUCAGACAUUCAUUUAUCCCUCCUUUGUGCCUUGGUUCAUUUCAGACAUUCAUUUAUCCCUCCUUUGUGCCUUGGUUCAUUUCAGACAUUCAUUUAUCCCUCCUUUGUGCCUUGGUUCAUUUCAGACAUUCAUUUCAAGCUUUCAAAUGAUGGAUUACGGUCGGCAUAUUAUUUUUGCACCCAUCAUGAACUUCCUACAAACAUCCUAACUUGCCUCGUUAAAUCUCUUUUUAAGUGGAUGACAGUUUGGCUCCAAGCCUUCAGCUUGUAUGUGGAGUUUUUGUUUUAACAUUCUAAGAAGCAAAUAGACCACUUUUUCAUGUUAUCAUCAUAGUGUAAUUCAUGUGAUUCUGAUUGAGACGUUAUAUCCUAUAGUUAAGACUAGACGGGCAGUGUAUAACGUCUUUUCUCUUAGCAACCACCAUCUCAAUCAGUUCACAUGACAGACAGGAGUUUAUAGACACAGGUCAGGCAUUACUAAUCAAUGAUGAACAUCUGAUUGUCAUCAUUACAACACAUAUAUGCUUUACAUGAAUGUAAUCAACAGAUCUCGUCGGUCUCAAACAGCAAUGUCCCAGAGGUGCUAGGGACCAAACUGUAGAAAACAGGGAGGAGCUACAUGGACCUGUCCAAUAAGAAAUGCUCAUUUUCGCUAGUCGGCCCUAAUGACUGUUCCCAGGAUGAUAGUGUUCCAGUCUGGCAUUUUUUUCCUUCAUACUAACUAGGACGAUGUCUAUGGACUGAAGUAAUGCCUCACAAUGAAAAGUUAACUCAAUUUAAAAGCCUCUUCAGUAGCUAGUGAGCUUUGUACUGUUUAUCAUUUGUUGUGUUAGCCUCACCUGUCGUCUGAAGAGCAUAGUCUAGAAGUGGGUGCUAAUCUCUACAAACUGGCCAAGUUGAAUUUUAUAGUGCAUUUGGAAAGUACUCGGACCCCUUUUACUUUUUCAACAUUUUGCUAUGAGACUCAAAUUGAGCUCCGGUGCAUCCGGUUUCCAUUGAUCAUCCUUGAGAUGUAGAAACAACUUGAUUGGAGUCCACCUGUGGUAAAUUCAAUUGAUUGGACAUCAUUUGGAAAGGCACAAACCUGUCUAUGUAAUGUCCCAAAACAAAAUGUGGGAAAAGUCCAGGGGUCUGAAUUCUUUCCGAAUGCAGUGUAGAAUAGAAAGAGGACUUAAAGGAAGCCAACAUGUGACACUAACCAAUACAACAGGACCCCUUGAAAUAUGCUACACUAGUCAGUAUAUGACUGGUGACAUGGUGUCAUUUCAGGUAGGGAAUCGGUAGAAAAACUGUUUGAAAAAUGUAUAUUUGCCUUUUUACAAUGCCUUAUGAAUUUUUAUUCAAAGUCUGCUUGACAUGCCGUUAUGAAUUCUGCUCCAAGUCAUCUUUAGACUUGAUCUGUUGCCAAAGACCUUAAUACCCUGGGAAUUACACAAUGUUUCAUGUUCAAAAUUCUAUGAAUUACUACAUUUAAAAAAAUAUAUAUUGUAUUUUAAAUUGAUCCGUUAAUAAGGACAUUGUGACUUGUGGUUAAAUUUAACUAUAAGUAAAGCAGUGCUAUGCAAGUUCCCUGCCCAUCUGGUUCCAGGUCAGAUUUACAGAGUUUACUGGUACAGUAUUAUAUGUACUGAAAAGGAAGAUUUGUGUAUUAUUUCUUACAGGUAUAUCUUUUUUCUAUAUGAAUUUUUGUGUUGUCAUGAAAAGAGUUUUAAGAUGUUUUGUUUGGAAUGUACAGAUCUCAACUGGACCUCCAAAUUAGUUUCUACAUCCAGGAGUUUGCUCAGAGAAAUUAAUGUACAUUUACCGACAUUUGAAUGUUGUUACUUAUGAAAACAAGUAUUCUGACAUCCCUCAGUUAACACUACGGUUUCCAUGUAUACAGAAAACAGCCUCGUGUUUCACUGCAUGCCACCACAACAUGCACCCUUUUCGGAGCAGUUUUAAGUAUGAAAUAAACUAGUUUAAAUGCCA